ACUUCACAGCUCCGCCUGGGUUUCCUUUAUGAUCCCGGGAUCUUCCUACUCUCUCACUAGACAUCAGCCAGCAACGGAGAAGAGCGCACGCACUCAUUCCACGUCCACGCAUCUUCCAACUGCAGCUGCAAACGAGGGGCUACCCAACUCACAGCUGCAAUCGAACCUCGGGUCUUCCAUCAGGACUUCCACUCCCCCCAAAAAAAACAAACAAACAAAAAAAAAAACAAUAGAUCAUCCCUGCCACGACGGGAUCUAAGGCUUGCAAAGAGGACAACGCGAACCUACUUGUUGCCGCCAGCCAACAUGUCCGAGGUGCUGCCAUACAACGAGGGGAAAAUGAGCGGCUACGGGGCGGACAGCGAGGUCAGCCAAAUGUCCUUUAGCUGCGGACUGCAGGACACAAACGCCUUUUUCGCCGGCUCGCAGGGCAAGAGACCCCCGAAGCUCGGCCAGAUCGGCAGAGCCAAGCGAGUGGUGAUCGAAGACGACCGAAUAGACGAGGUCCUCAAGGGGAUGACAGACAAGUCGUCGCCCGGCGUUUAAAGGCCCCCCCCCCCUCCCCCCACAUUGAGCGAUGCCUUGCAGACUCUUUUCAUUUUGAUCACCCGAUUUGAAGCACUUGUCGGCUGUGCAUGUUAGAGGAUUGCAGAGGGAGAAGAAGAAGAAGACGACGGCGACACAACGCAUUGAGGAUGGCGAUAGCGAUGAAACGCGGCGGAGGAAAAGCGAGCUCAAGAGGAGGAUGGAAGAGGAGGAGAGGAAAGAUUCGUCGUGGGAUAUUGAUGGCAAUCCUCCAAAACCGAGUACCGCUUUUUGUUUUCUUUUUCGAGAA